AUGCCUACUGAUGUGCAUCUCCUGAAUGGCAAUGCUCACCCACACCUCAUAUUUGCAUGCAUUUAUUCUACUGCUGAACAAGAAAUCAGAAGCUGGAACAUUACCAGCCCCAGAGAACAUAUGCUAGUCCAACAAUGUCUGCUCACCACGCAAAUCAAGUGGUUGUCCAUUAGCACUGGGCUAUCAGAUCUUGUUCACAGUCUGCCGAGGGAUGCAGAGCAGCGGCCUGACGAGCACACGGCUUCCAACAGCCAGGAGCACGUCUCCCCCGCCCCUCUAAGAAGCCAGCGGGACGUGGCCACCCGGCGUCUGUGCACCAGCCACCCUGCCGACAGCUCUGAGACGGAGCCGUCACCCUCCUGUCGCCGUUCUGCUUGUAUAAGUGUCGCCCCAGGUCAAGCGGCGGCCGCUCUCCCCUCCCUAUACCUGCAGACAGUCCCUCCCGCUUGCACUCCACAGAUCAACUCGGUAAACAGCACUCCCCACCGCACUGCGAACAGGUUGCGGGCACGCUACCAACGCCGCGGCGGCCCCGGCCAAGCCGAACCAAGCCGGAGCCGCCUCUCCACAGGGCCCGGUAGGAAGCGGGGCCCGGCUCACCUGCGGGUGGGAGGGGGCGCAGGCCGCAGCGAGGCCCGACCCGCGAUCGCCGCCACCACCACGGCCACCGCAACCGCCUCGCUCGCCUCCGCUCGUACGGUAGUACCGGCAGCGGCAAACGUCACUUCCGGACUCCACCGCCCCGCGCCCUCUGCCAGUCAGCGGCGGGGAAGUUCUGCGCACCCACAACCCCAGAGGCACGGGCGGUGUCACUCCUCACGUCGCGGAGGGGGGGAGUGGUGGCUCUGCUUCACUAGCGCCAGGCGGCGCAGCCUGUCACCGGCCGCUACGCUUUACAGCUAUCGACUUCAGCAGCGGAGCACACAGCUUCCCCAGCGCCGGCGGCGGGAUGGGCGUGUGGCUGUGGCGAGGGGUGUGCCAGCCCUCCGCCUUUCCCCCGCCGGGCGCGCCGUGUGGCUGUGGCCGUCCUCCCGUGCUAUGGAGGAUCCCCCAGACCCUGGGAUCCCGCCAAGACUCGGCCCCAAGCGCGCUGGGAGGGCGGGUGAGGGGGAUGAUGAUGCUGCCGCUCCCCUGCCGUUUUGGUUGGAGCUGCCGCCGGUGCCGUGUGGAAAAGCCCUGCGUAAGCGGCGCCGCAGGAGCGCCGGCUUCCCCUGCCCGCCCGUCGCCUGCCGCGGUGUCGGUGAGCUCUACCCCAGCCUGGCCCCUCAACUGGGUAGCCCCGUGACCCCCGGGAGGCGGGAUGAAGAGCCUGGAGCCGAGCCUUUGCCACCCACCGGCAGUCAGCAGCCGGUUGGUAAGGACACGGAGCUGCUGCCUUCCGAUCAGCCCGGCGGCACCGGCCUCAAGUUCGGGCUGCUGGCGCCGGAGCUGCACACUCGCCUGCUGGACCAGGAGGACUACAGGACCCGUGUGCAAGCUGUGGAGGAGCUGAAGAGGGUGGUUGAAGAUGCCAGCGAGGCCGCGGUGACCUCCGUGCCUGCCCCCAGCAUCCUGGGGUUCAUCAGCCUUCUCUGCACUCUGCUCGGUGACUUCAACUUCAAGGUGGUGCUCGGAGCAUUGGAGGUGAUCUGUCUGCUGGCUCUGCGCCUGGUCAGUCAGGUCAAGUCCUUCCUGACACCUCUGUUCUCUGCUGCUACUCAAGUCCUGGGGGACAGCAAGCUGGCCAUCCGGCAGGGUUACAGACGCCUGCUCUGCUUGCUCAUGAAGGAAGUGGGUCCUCAGCAGGUGCUGGACUUACUGCUGCAGCCAGAGUACCAGCAGAACAAGAAUUCUAGAGUCCGCGAGGAGGUGGUCAGUAUGUGCAUUGUGGCCCUCCUCACUUACCCCAGUGAGGAGCUGGACCUGGACAAGCUGGCGUUUAAGCUUGCUCCAGCACUGGUGGACAACAAGCACAGGGUCCGGCAUGCUGCCAUGGAAGCUUUUGCUGUGCUGGCGUCUGCCAUGGGCCCAGGCAAAACCAGCCUUCUCUUCAAGGCAGUGGAUGCUGUGGAACUGAAGGACAAUGGGGCUGGGUUGAUGCAUGCAGUGCAAGCUAGGCUGGCCAGGAAGAUUUUGCCAAAGCUUGCUGACCAAGGGUUUGUAGAGUAUGCUGUGCCCUUGCCAUCAUCUUGUCAUAACAGGGCAUCCUGUUUACCCCCAGGAGCAGAUACAGACUGGCUCUUGAUGUGUGACAGGACUCAGAGUGCACCCAGCUACUGCGGGUAUGAGGCGAGGGUUAAUACUCUGCAGCACUCCAGUUCUCACAGUGCGGGAGUCAAUGAAGUAGCAUGUUCAAGAAAAAUCUUGAAUGCAUAUAAAGGAAAAAACAAACUGCCUUGGGAAAACAAGCAUGCUGAAUACAAGGAAGUUGGUUCAGGAGUCAAGAUGCCUGUCACAAAGGGUGUGGAGCAGUUCCCUACAUCCAGUGAUUUACUUCAUUUUCCAGAGUUAAGGCCCCCUCAAGGAGUACCAGUCAGUGCUGAGUUACAUUUUAGUAGAAAGAGAACUUCAGGGAAUUUCAUUCAGAAUAGGAUAGAUUUUAACUCGGAGCAUUCUUCUGUCUGUGCUGGUCCUGUGGGCUCUCAUCAGCCGCAAAUAUCAGGGAAAUGUGGAACGCUUGGAUACACACAGACACGUGGAAAGAGUGGUAGUGUAGAAUCCGAUCUACAAUUUUUAGGAUUAAGUAACUGUCAGCAAGACAAAGGUAUAUUUAUUCUGGUGUGUGCUGUAAUCCUGCCCACCCCUACAAAGGACUGACAUCUGCUUGUGUCUCUUCCAGGGGAGAAUUUGCAGGAGAAACAUGUUCCUCUGCAGCUGAAACCCCCCCUGGUAAGGCAACCAGCCCCCUGCAGGGGCCUGAAUGGGACAAAACCCAUCCCUCCCAUUCCCCGCCUGCUGCCAGAUAAGAUUAAAUUAAAUUUGACAAAGUGGAGAAAUGAAGAGUGCAAGGACACGAGGCUGAAUAAAGCAGACGAGAAGCUUGCAGCAGCUGAUCUUUCAGAGUUAAAUGUGGACGAUGAGGAAGUGGACCAGGAAGAGAUGAAGAAUUCAUUAAGAUCUCUACGAAACAGUGCAGCUAAGAAAAGGGCAGUGCUAAGCAGCAACAUUUCAGGUCUUGGAAGUCCCAAUUCUGCUCUUAAAUUUGAUCUGUAUGGGGGUUCCCCCUCCCAUGUGUCCUGCCCGAGCGUGGAUGCCUACAGCGAAAGCGGUGUUUACAGCCAGGAGUCUCUAACUUCACCCAUGUCCAGAGUCCCCCACAGAAGAAGAAUGUCAGACAAUUUUCUACUACUUGGCAAAAAACCACAGACUGCAAGAACAUUUUCUGCAAGAAACAGAGACCCUAAUGUGACAGAACGUAACACCAUCAGAGCAUGUCCAGCAUUUGGUGAUAACGUUAGAACAGUUGGCCAGCGUUUGAACUGUGUCAAUAGAUGUGGCGAUUAUGAGGACAAGAAGCAAGAAUUGUCACAUACUACUUUUCAAAGUCAAAAUAUGGAACACCAAAGAAAUUAUAAGCAUUCAAAAGGUCUUGCAGAGCCAGCAUCUAGUUUUCCACAGACAAACAAUCUAGAUUUCAUCUCACAAAGUGUCCCCUCUGAAGAUGCAGCUGUAAUUGCUGGUAAAGGUGUUUCUGAAGAUCCUUCUGCACAAGAGCACAGACAGUCUCUAGCAUGUAUAGCUAAUGGAGAUGACCAGGCUUUGAAUGAGAUGAGUGAGCAGUCAUCAGGUACCUGUGGGAGAAGCAUCCAGCAGGACAGAGCUUCUCAUUUCUACAUUGAAAAUGAAGAAAAUAGAGUUACCUUGUCAAAAUCUGCCCAGGAUAAGGCAAAGCGGAAUAAAAGAAAAGAAAAAGAAUACAAUCAUAAAAAAUAUCAGGAUGUCACAGACCUUGAAGGAAAGGAUCAAAAACCUUGGGAAAACCUUGAACCAAAGGAACCAGAGAUAAUGACAGCAGAAAAGUUAAAUCUCUGGGGGGACAUAUUAACAUCAUGAAGAAAUGCAUCCUUGUCAUUAGAAAAUGUGGCUUUGAAUCCUUCAUUAAAAAUGACAUCCAGCUUCAAGAAGACAAACAGCUUACCACAUUGUAAUGGAAUUUCUCUUAGGGCACAAGGACGCUAUAAAGACAAGAGGUCACCCGUCACAGAAGCAACAGACAAAUCACAACUGUGUCCCUUUUCAAAGCCGGAAAUGGCACUGACAGAAGCCUUAACACUUCUAGCUAAUGAUGACUGGGAGAAGAAAAUUGAAGGUCUGAACUUUGUUAGACGUUUGUCUGCCUACCAUGCGACUACUCUGACUGCAAAUCUACAUGAAACAAGCAUGGCUGUGGCUCAAGAGGUCAAGAAUUUACGCUCAGGUGUUUCCCGAACUGCUGUGGUCUGUUUAGGGGAUUUGUUCACCUACCUGAAAAAGAGCAUGGAUCAAGAACUAGAUUAUACAGUAAAAGUCCUUUUGCACAAAGCUGGUGAAUCCAACACAUUUAUAAGGGAAGAGGUAGACGAAGCACUGAAGGCUAUGGUUAAUAAUGUGACUCCAGCACGUGCACUUUUUUCUCUUAUAGAUGGAGGGCAAAGCCACCUGAAUUUAGCUGUGAGAAGAUGUGCAGCUCAGCACCUCUCAGACAUUGUAGAACGUAUGGGCCAGGACCGGAUUCUGUUUGGAACCAAACGUGUCGCUGAUAAGCUUUUUCCUGCAAUAGUCAGGUUUACACAGGAUAGUUCACAACAAACAAGGUAUUAUGGUCGAAAGAUGCUCUUCAGUAUGAUGACUCAUCCUGAUUUCGAUAAAACAAUUGAGAUGUAUGUGUUGAGCAAGGAUUUGCCUUAUAUUAGGAAAGCUGUUACCAACCUACGUAAAAAGGGUUUGGAUGGGCUGCCAUUGGAUGCACCUUCAGCAAAAAUAGGACAUUCCAAUACUAGUAGCAUUGGACAUUUGAGAGGUACUACCAACAUCACUGACAGAAAGACUACAGAAGCCUAUGAAGUCAUAAGAAAAACAGCUCCUCGUAAUUUACUACAAAAUGACGAAUAUGUUAAAGACAUUAUAGGUUUAUUGAAUGCAAAGGACUUCCGUGAUCGGAUACGUGGCAUUAAGCAGCUGUCAUUUGAUGCAGAGAAUAAUCAAGGCUUUGUUGUUGCAAACAUCGUGAAGAUUUUUGAUGCUUUCGAGUGUUGCUUAAAUGACAUAAAUGGCAAAGUAAAUCAGAUUGCUUUGGAGACGAUGCACCAGAUAAUUCCAUUGCUGAAAGACAAUUUAUCACCUGUGAUCAACAUGUUAAUUCCCCCCAUUGUCGACAACAACCUGAACUCCAGAAACCCAGGGAUUUAUGCAGCUGCCAAAAAUGUUAUUCAGGCUCUGUGUCAACACCUAGACAACUACUUGCUCCUUCAGCCGUUCUGCACAAAAGCCCAGUUUCUGAAUGGAAAAGCCAAACAAGACAUAACAGAAAAGCUUGCUGAUAUUGUGAUGGAGUUAUAUCCACGGAAGCCUAAGAGUGUGGAGCAGAAAGUUCUAGUUGUCCUUUGGCACCUCCUGGGAAACAUGACGAACAGUGGCUCUUUGCCUGGAACCAGAGGGAACAUUCGGACAGCCACAGCAAAACUGUCAAAAGCACUUUUUGCACAUAUGGGACCAAGUCUCUUAACUCAGGCUGCAGCUCAGUCACCAUACAUCAAGAAGACUUUAGAAGAACUUUUGAAGACAGAAAGCUAAAGUAACGAUCCCAUUCAUGCAU